GCACCCGGUGGGCGUCACGUGACGGACUCAGCUUUUCUCCAAUCGCGGUGCACGUUGUGGAGGGUUCCACCCAGGAUCCCGCCCGAGGCUUCAAACAACCUAUUCUCCCCCUAGCCGGGCGGGUCGUCUCCCCGCCUGAGGCCGGGUGGCAGUAUCACUUAGGGGUCCUCUUCCAAAGCGGCUUCGGAGGGCCCAGGCCUGCAGCACACCCCGUCCCGGAAGUGACGUACCCUAGAGGGGCCGGAAGUGGCAGUGGAGGGAGGGAAGAUGGCGGAGGUGGUGAGUCCGGUGCCCGGGGCGGGGCGGAGGGAGCCAGGGGAGGUGGGUAGAGCCCGAGGCCCCCCAGUAGCCGACCCUGGCGCCGCGCUGUCUCCCCAGGGGGAGAUAAUCGAGGGCUGCCGACUACCCGUGCUGCGGCGGAACCAGGACAACGAAGAUGAGUGGCCCCUGGCCGAAAUCCUGAGCGUGAAGGACAUCAGCGGCCGGAAGCUUUUCUACGUCCAUUACAUUGACUUCAACAAACGCCUGGAUGAAUGGGUGACCCACGAGCGACUGGACCUGAAGAAGAUUCAGUUCCCCAAGAAAGAGGCCAAGACCCCCACCAAGAACGGACUUCCUGGGUCGCGUCCCGGCUCUCCAGAGAGAGAGGUGCCGGCCUCCGCCCAGGCCAGCGGGAAGACCUUGCCAAUCCCGGUCCAGAUCACACUCCGCUUCAACCUGCCCAAGGAGCGGGAGGCCAUUCCCGGUGGCGAGCCCGACCAGCCGCUCUCCUCCAGCUCCUGCCUGCAGCCCAACCACCGCUCAACGAAACGGAAGGUGGAGGUGGUUUCGCCAGCAACUCCAGUGCCCAGCGAGACAGCCCCAGCCUCGGUUUUUCCCCAGAAUGGAUCUGCCCGUAGGGCAGUGGCAGCCCAGCCAGGACGGAAGCGAAAAUCGAAUUGCUUGGGCACUGAUGAGGACUCCCAGGACAGCUCAGAUGGAAUACCAUCAGCACCGCGCAUGACUGGGAGCCUGGUGUCUGACCGGAGCCACGACGACAUUGUCACCCGGAUGAAGAACAUUGAGUGCAUCGAGCUGGGCCGGCACCGCCUCAAGCCGUGGUACUUCUCUCCAUACCCACAAGAGCUCACCACACUGCCUGUCCUCUACCUGUGCGAGUUCUGCCUCAAGUAUGGCCGUAGCCUCAAGUGUCUUCAGCGUCACUUGACCAAGUGUGACCUGCGACAUCCUCCAGGCAAUGAGAUUUACCGCAAGGGCACCAUUUCCUUCUUUGAGAUUGAUGGACGUAAGAACAAGAGUUACUCCCAGAAUCUGUGUCUCUUGGCCAAGUGUUUCCUCGACCACAAGACGCUAUACUAUGACACAGACCCCUUCCUCUUCUAUGUCAUGACAGAGUAUGACUGCAAGGGCUUCCACAUCGUGGGCUACUUUUCCAAGGAGAAGGAAUCAACAGAAGACUACAACGUGGCCUGCAUCCUAACCCUGCCUCCCUAUCAGCGCCGGGGCUAUGGCAAGCUGCUGAUUGAAUUCAGCUACGAACUCUCCAAAGUGGAAGGGAAAACAGGGACCCCUGAGAAGCCCCUCUCGGAUCUGGGCCUGCUAUCCUAUCGAAGUUACUGGUCCCAGACCAUCCUGGAGAUCCUGAUGGGACUGAAGUCAGAGAGCGGGGAGAGGCCACAGAUCACCAUCAACGAGAUCAGUGAGAUCACCAGCAUCAAGAAGGAGGACGUCAUCUCCACCCUGCAGUACCUCAACCUCAUCAACUACUACAAGGGCCAGUAUAUCCUCACACUGUCUGAGGACAUCGUGGAUGGGCAUGAGCGGGCUAUGCUCAAGCGGCUCCUUCGGAUCGACUCCAAGUGUCUGCACUUCACUCCCAAGGACUGGAGCAAGAGGGGAAAGUGGUGACCAGGCACUGCCCGUUGAAGUGCUGAGAUGGCCGCAGGACCGGGGCUGGUAGCCCACCUUGUCCCUGCUGGGGCUUCCAAGAGGCACUCCAAGGGAGACCUGCUGAGGACAGCUCCAAAAGGAGAGGACAGGCCUGGCAGGGCCUGCUGGUGUCCAGCACGGAGGUGCACUCGGGGCUCAGGCCAGCUCCACAGUCAGCUGGCUGCAGGCCCAGGCCUGCUCUGAACCAGGGACCAGAGGGAGCCAGGCAGCUGUGUACAGUGAGAUCGGGAAUGGGCGCUCGUACAGAGGGCUUGUGAUUGUAAAAAUUUCUUUUGUGAAGUAGAAGUUGGGGGUGGGGUGGGUGCUGGCCACAAAACUCUGGCCUCUACUGCCCCUGGCCCGGCAAUAAAUUGUUUCUAUAGGCCAGA